AUGCAGGCUUUCCUAAAAAGUGGUAAACUAUCCGCAUCGGACAAACCGUCAUCUUCGGGAGUAAAAACAGCAGGCAAGAAGAAGCCGCCAGCACCAUGGGUUGAGAAAUACCGGCCGAAGACGAUAGAUGAUAUUGUAGAUCAAGGAGAAGUAAUACAAGUGCUGCGAGAAUGUUUAUCUGGCGGAGAUCUUCCUCACUUGUUGUUCUACGGCCCGCCGGGUACCGGUAAGACGAGUGCCAUACUUGCGGCCGCUCGGCAGCUGUUUGGGGAUAUAUCUCGGGACCGUGUGUUGGAGCUAAAUGCUUCAGAUGAGCGCGGUAUCCAAGUUAUCAGGGACAAAGUGAAGACCUUUGCCCAACUCACAGUCAGCAGUAAAAGACCAGAUGGUCGACCAUGCCCACCAUACAAGCUGGUGAUUCUGGACGAAGCAGACUCCAUGACUACUGCAGCUCAGGCGGCACUAAGGCGGACGAUGGAGCGAGAGACACGGACCACUCGGUUCUGUCUCAUCUGUAACUAUGUCUCCAGGAUCAUCCCACCAAUCACUAGUAGAUGUUCCAAGUUCCGCUUCAAGCCUUUGGCAAGAGAAAAUGUUAUUAAGAGGUUACGUGAGAUCUGUGAAGCUGAAGGCGUAGAUGUUGGCGACGGCGAAGUGUUACACCAAGCAGUAGACACAUGUGAAGGAGACUUGCGACGCGCUCUAACUGCCAUGCAGUGUUGUCAGCGACUGCUAGGGAAGAUCACUGCUGAAGGACUUGUGGAGGUAACCGGUCUUGUUCCUGAGGAUCUUGUCAAUCAGUACCUCGGUGUCAAAAACUACAGUGAACUGGAGAAGUUUGUCGAAAGUUUCCUGAUGGAGGCCUACUCCGCAUCACAACUCUUGGAGCAACUAAGUGCAACAGUGGUGACUGCAGGUCAUCUCACCAACAAACAGAAAUGCGAGAUCAGUGAGAAGGUGGCUAUCUGCUCCCAUAGACUGCUGGAUGGUGGUGCCGAGUACAUGCAGCUCACAGAUCUUGGCUGUACCAUUAUAAUGGCGAAUAAUAACCCUUAA